AUGAGAGCGGGGGCGAUUUUACUGCUUCCUCUGAGCGUGUGGGCGCACGAGAAAAUCAAGGCGGAUCCCGGAGAUCCAUGGCAGGUCCGCCACAUGAAAGAAGAGCACGGCAUUGCCGAUUUUGACGCUCACUCUUUCUUCACUCUGCACGAUAACGACAAUUCCAAAACGUGGACACGAACAGACAUUCUUAAUUUGUACGGACUACUGAAGCCCAACGAGGUUGGCGACGGCACCGGCGGUGGCAAUGUCGACGAGAGCCACGAGUACAGCAAUGACCUCAAGGACAAGGUGUAUAACGAAAUCAUGAAAUUGCUGGACACAAACAACGACGGCGUGGUGUCUAUUGAUGAGUGGCGUGAGUUCUGCUCGCGCGGUGAGGUUCUGCCGGAUUUCGGCCUUGGUCCAGGCCACCAUGGCGAUUAUGAGUUCGAGUACGAGGUGCACCACUGGAGGGAGUUCCACUCCGAGAACGACCCCGAGGUGAAAAUCCGCCACCCCGAGGACGACGAGCACGACCGACUGUACCAUGCAUUUGAGCACGGUGACAGCGAAGCGGACCCGCACGACGGGUCGUGGAUCCAGCUGUCUCGCGUGCCGGCCAAAUUCCGCAAGCAACGCAAGGACUAG